GGCAAGAGGGCGGGGAAGCCCGUCUCCUGCCCGAAAAGGCGCUCUGCCAUUGGUCUCCGGCCAGAGCUUGACUGACAGCUCGCCCGUGAGGCGACUCCGCGUCUCUUCGCUUUGGUCGUCGGCAACGGAGGGGAUGGAGUCGCUCCGCGUCCAGCGGCUGCAGCCGGGCGUCGGAGGGACGCUGCGCUCGCUGCGGCCCGGCGUGACGACGGGGGCGCUUCCCUCGGCCGCCUCAGCGCCGCCUCUCCCGCCGCCCCCGCCGCCGCUCGGGCUGACGCUCACCUUGGGGCCGCCGCCGCCCCCGCCGCCGCUCCCGCCCUCCCUCUUGCCCGGAGUGACGGUCGCCGCUGCCCCCGCCAGCCCCCCGGGAGCCGCGGGGGGCCCUCCGGCCGUCCUGAGGGAGGCCGUGGAGGCCGUAGUGCGGAGCUUCGCUAAGCACACGCAGGGAUACGGCCGCGUCAAUGUUGUUGAAGCACUUCAGGAAUUCUGGCAGAUGAAGCAAUCCCGGGGUGCUGAUCUUAAAAAUGGCGCUCUGGUGGUUUACGAGAUGGUCCCAUCCAACAGUCCUCCUUAUAUUUGCUAUGUUACAUUACCAGGAGGAAGUUGCUUCGGCAGUUUUCAGUUUUGUCCGACGAAAGCAGAAGCCAGGAGAAGUGCUGCCAAAAUUGCACUGAUGAAUUCAGUCUUCAAUGAACAUCCAUCCCGUAGAAUCACGGAUGACUUUAUUGAGAAAAGUGUCCUGGAGGCUUUGGCAUGCUUUAACGGCAACAGAGAGGAAGCAGAUAAUCCAAGUACAGGAAUUGGUGCUUUCCGCUUCAUGUUGGAGUCCAACAAAGGGAAAUCCAUGUUAGAGUUCCAGGAACUGAUGACAGUUUUCCAGCUACUCCACUGGAACGGCAGCCUGAAAGCCAUGCGAGAGAGGCAAUGUUCACGACAGGAGGUGCUGUCACACUACUCCCAUCGUGCUCUGGAUGAUGAUAUACGGAACCAGAUGGCAACGGAUUGGGUCAACCGGGAGCAGAACAUCCCAGGGGCCCUUUCCAGGGAGCUGGCCUCGACCGAGCGUGAACUGGACGAAGCUCGGCUAGCCGGAAAGGAGCUGAGAUUUCACAAGGAGAAGAAAGACAUCCUGAUGUUGGCUGCUGGCCAGCUGGGGAACAUGCAUUCUUCCAACUGCUAGGAGGGCCCAUGUAGCUCUUUUCUCUCCCCUCUUAACUACUCUCUCUUCCCACAGUAGUUUGCUAAAGAAGUCAGAAGGAAUGUUACCAGUGCGAAGGAAGCCUCAUGUUCAACCUGAUUUUUCCUAAUUUUUAUUGUGCAAGGUGAUGUUUGCAUUUGGGAGAUUUUAGUGCAGGAUUUGAAAAUAAUUUCAAUUGCCUUAAUUUUUAGUUCUAAGAAGUGAAAGGUGUCCUCCCAUUAGAGAACGAAACCUGAAUUAACCAUUUGGGGGGAAAACAAACAAACGUCGAGUUUGUUCAGAACUCGCCUUCGAUUCCAAUCACCUGAACUGUCUCCAGUUCAUCAAACAGCCUCCAAUGCCUUGCUUUCCAAG